CCAAGAGGCAGCAGACAUGCCUCUUGAGCAAAACUAAGGCCUGGAGCCCCCCAGAGCAGCUCUUGUUUGCUGAGAAGAAAACAAGUCCCAUGAGUUCAGUGUGACUGCUUCAGGGUCUACUUGUCCACAAUUGGUGGCAAAUGCCAGUGUCCAGGGCCAUUUCUGGCGGGUCACGAGCCACUGCUGGUACCUGGACAGCUGCAUUUCUUGUCUUCCUGCACCUGCAGUCCCAUCUGCAAAGCCCAUGUCAAGGAGUCGCCCCACAGGCUGACCCCUCAUGGCAGGGGCACACAGGGCAACGGAGGGAGGGGCUGGGAAGAGCCGCCCCCACCCCUGUAAUACUCAUUUCCAUUUUUGUUUGAGUCACUUUCAGGCAAAUCACUUCUGUCCUUAUGUAACAGUCUGUGGCCCAGACCCAGGCAAGUAGUAAAUAUUUACCUUCACGCUGGAGCCAAGAUCGCUGCGGGGAGUCCCACGAAGCACCACUGCCCUCUAAGACCUUGGAAAGGGAAACAGCAGAAGGUGUGGGUGCGGGUGCUGGAGCUCCGCUGGGUCACACGGCCAGCACCCGAGUGGGAACUCAGAGCUGAAGCCUGGGUUCUCACUGCAGCUGGAUAACAGCUCUGCCCGGAUGGCCCUCGUCUUCCUGUACGGCACCUUGAAGCGGGGUCAGCCCAACCACAGGGUCCUGUGGGACGGCGCCCACGGCUCCGCAGCCUUUCGGGCGCGCGGCCGCACGCUGGACCCCUACCCGCUGGUGAUCGCGGGGGAGCACAACAUCCCGUGGCUGCUGCACCUGCCUGGCUCGGGGCGCCGCGUGGAGGGUGAGGUCUACACGGUAGAUGAGCGGAUGCUGCGCUUCCUGGACGACUUCGAGAGUUGCCCAGCCCUGUACCAGCGCACGGCGUUGCAGGUACAGCUGCUGGAGGAGGGGGCCCCGGGCGCGGAGGAGCCGCCGGCGCCCACUACGGUGCAGUGCUUCGUGUACAGCAGGGCCACCUUCCCGCCGGAGUGGGCCCAGCUUCCGCACUACGACAGCUACGACUCCGAGGGGCCGCACGGGCUGCGCUACAACCCCAGGGAGAACAGAUGAGGGGGGCAGGCAGGGUGGGCCUACGCCUGAGAGCCCUGGGGCUCCAAGAUGUGCCCAGCCCAUGGUGGGUGAAGGCCGAAGCAGAACAGGGCCUUUUCCAAGGAAUCAGCGGGAGAAGGAACCAAUCUUUCAGUGGCAGCUGAUUUUACAAAUAAUGUUGACACACAAAUAGCAAGGUGGUUCCCUCCCAUCUUUCCACCU